AUAACAGCCUUGUCUCUUUGGAUUUGAAUAGUGCUUUUCUACUGUUAUGGCACUGGUUCCUGUCAAAAGUGCACAAACACUUGAUGCUGAAUGGACAGGUGAUCAGAAACUUCUGACAGCCGGAAGAACAUAUGCAGGACCUGAAGAGAAAUAGAAAGGAACAGCACUGGGUAAAUAGCUACAUUUUUUCUUUAACUGUAAAUGGAAGCUAUUAGGAUCCUUCGAAAAAUGUGUUGUAUUCAUGAAGGGUUUUGACUGCUUGCAACAUCUUUCAUAAUGCAAACAUUCAGAAACAUCUCAUUAUUCAGACGGAACAGAAAAACCAUACUGCACUUUAACCUUGAAGUAAUAGUGAUCAACUUAAAAAAAUAGCAGCACCAAACCUGCUGUUAUAGCAAACCCUUGAAUAUCAGUAUAUCUUUGGGGAUGUGAGAUUUUGCUGCAAGACGGCUGGCUAAUGCUACAGUCAUUUGCUGUUUGUGUCACAGUACUUGCAAACUUGAGAAGUACAAAGAUGAAGGAGAAGCUUUGAAAGCUUAGCUUGUAAUUCUUGCAGGAAUUCAAACUUUUAUGUAAAUCUGAUUGGCUGAGCUAAUGAAAUCUGGUCUUAUAGCUGUUCUGUUCAGUGGGGUUCUCAAGACUUGUUCAGACUGAACAUACUAAUUUUCUGUGGAGGUUUGCUCAGUGUAUUUAUCUUCUCUGGGAUAUAUAGAAAUGUGUCAAUUGUGAGAAAAAUAGGUGGUAUAGGAAGAGAGAUUUUGUAUGGGUAUAAGAUACGGGGUGGGGGAGUUCAUCACCCUAGCUCCUUCCCGUUCCUAUGUUUUAAAUUGCUCCUGUGCUCCUUGUUUUAUUUGACUUUGGAAGCAACCCACAUUGCAACUCUUGGGUCUGCCAUUUACAUAACUAGUUUCCCCUUUGCAUUUCAUUCCUUUUGUCACCAUCAGCUCUGCUUUAUGUCAUGCUUUGUGAUCGUUUGGCAGGAUCUUCCACCUUUCCGAAGAAUGCAUCUGCAGGACUGUUUUACAAUAAGUCUCCCAGACUGAAAACAGCACCUUCUUCAGCCAAGAUGAACUCAUCUAAUCAACCCAGCAUUCCAGACCUUAACUUGAGUGCUCUUGGGAGCAACCUGACUGUGCCCACCGUCAAGACCAAGGCAUCAACAUGUGAGCAAGUGGUCAUAGCAACGGAGGUGUUUCUCAUACUUGGCAUUGUAAGCCUUCUUGAAAACAUCCUAGUUAUCUGUGCCAUAGUUAAGAACAAGAACUUGCACUCUCCUAUGUAUUUCUUUGUGUGCAGCUUAGCUGUUGCUGACAUGCUGGUCAGCGUGUCAAAUGCCUGGGAGACCAUAACCAUAUAUUUAUUAAACAAUAGGCAUCUAAUUAUUGAAGAUGUUUUUGUACGUCACAUAGACAAUGUUUUUGAUUCGCUGAUAUGUAUAUCUGUUGUGGCUUCCAUGUGCAGUUUGCUAGCUAUUGCAGUAGACAGGUAUAUCACUAUCUUUUAUGCCCUCCGUUAUCACAACAUAAUGACGGUGAAAAGAUCAGGGCUCAUAAUUGCAUGCAUUUGGACCUUUUGUACUGGCUGUGGGAUCAUCUUCAUCCUUUAUUAUGAAUCGAAGUACGUCGUCAUGUGUCUCAUCACAAUGUUCUUCACUAUGUUGUUCCUCAUGGUCUCACUGUACAUACACAUGUUCCUUUUGGCUCGUACUCAUGUCAAGAGGAUAGCAGCCUUGCCAGGAUAUAAUUCCGUUCACCAGAGGACCAGCAUGAAAGGUGCCAUCACCCUGACUAUGCUGCUGGGCAUCUUCAUUGUCUGCUGGGCUCCAUUUUUCCUCCAUCUCAUCCUGAUGAUAUCCUGCCCUCAGAAUCUCUACUGCAUUUGCUUCAUGUCACACUUCAACAUGUACCUCAUCCUCAUCAUGUGCAAUUCAGUUAUCGAUCCCUUGAUCUACGCCUUCCGAAGCCAGGAAAUGCGAAAGACUUUCAAGGAGAUCAUCUGCUGCUACAGCAUAAGAAUGGUCUGCGGACUGCCCAGCAAGUAUUAGGGGAAAUGUGAAUUUGGGUUAAAAGAACAAAACUUCUUAAGAGGCUCUCUGGAUGUUGUUGGAUUUGAACCUCCCAGCUGAAUGGUUAAUGGGCUGAUGGAAACUGUCGUCCAACAACAUUUGGAUGGUCACAUGUUCCCCAUCCCUCUUCUAAACAUUUUAUUGUUCCAUAUGGAAUGCUAUGUCCGGCUUGUGAUAGUGAUCAUUUCAGUGUGGGAACCUGAAAUUUCUCUCACUGAAAUUACUCAUUUUGGACAGUUUUCCAUGGGCUCCCAUAAACAUGAGUGGCAUCUGUUUACUAUAUGAAAGCACUUAGGGUGGAGGAGACAACCCAGCACUGAUACUGACACACACACACACACACACACACACACACACACACACACUGACUAAAUAACUGUGCAAGUGGAACUACUUCUACCCCAUUCUCCUUACCCCUAAAUUUUUUCGGAGGGUUCCCCCAACAUCCUGGAACAGAUUUGAGGGUGGCACAGGGCACACGGGGUGGAAGGGAGAGAGAGGGAGGGAUAGUCCUGUUGUGCAAGUGGAAGUCAUUUCACUCACACAAUUAUUUAGUUAAAUAUUGACAUCUACCUAUCUAUCUAUGGCAUGUGUGUGUGUGUAUACACACCAGUGUGCAAAGGAGCAGAAUCUAUAUUUUUUAUUUUCCUAACUAGUGACUGUAAAUAUAUUUGUUUCAUUCCCUUUGCACUGCAUGAAACCCUGGUGAGUUUUAAACCAAACAAUGCAUUUGUUGGCAUUCUUUAGUUCUGAUAGGAUCUGUCAGGUACAGAGUGAAGAGUUUCCUUCACAGGCUCUGAUUAAUACUAGGUGACAAAUACAAUUUGCAAAUGCCAGGCUCCACGUGCCUCAGCCUCUAUGAGGAUGGCCAAGAGAUAUCAAGACAGACCCACACAGCUCUUCAUGAUUUUAAAAACAAGAACAGCACAACAGAUGAAUGUAACCAAAAUAUUUUCUUGCGUGGAAUGCAAAUUCUGAAGACGUCCAUUUUGUUGUGUCUGUUACUUGUCGAUAGAAAUGUGGCUAAAAAGCCUGCUGUAGAACUGUGAUAGAAAUAACUAGUCAGAGUAGACCACUGGUGGGUGAAGGAGAAUGGAUGGUCCAACUCUGUGGCCCAGUCAUUUUGGUUUACACAGCCAGCACUGCUGUUGUGUGGCACAGGGAAGCAGGAUGGGAUAGAAGAAAGUCCAGGAGCAGCUCCGCAAAUGGCAUCUCAGUGCUGAUCAUUGGCUUGCAAAUAGCAGCGGCUGUGCCUCUUGUGUUGCUGUAUCAUUAAAAAAGAAAAGUGGGUGGAGCAAGACCUCUGUCUCCAACUUGUCAAGCAUAGGAAACAGCUCUAGCUUCUGCAAUGCAAAUGUAUUUUGGUAUUAUGACAGCUAAAUUUCAUUUACAGAUCAGCUGCUCAUCAGGUGCCCACUGACCUGUGCAUAGCCCACUUGUUUUGAUGAGAUAACCUGUGCCCAUGUUUACAAAUGCACUUGAAGAUACGCAAGGACACUUUUCAGUGAGGAAAAAUGGUGGACUUUAUGAGCCUUUCAUAUUAAAGAUGCGUUAGAAACAGGGAUGGUUAGAAACAUUGUGGAAUUGUAGAGUUGGAAGGGAGCAUGAGGAUCAUCUAGCCCAACCCCUUGCAAUGCAGGAAUAUUUCAUCCAACAUGGGGCUCAAACCCACAACCUUAGAUUAAGAGUCUCAUGCUCUACCAACUGAGCUAUCCCAUUUGAAAGCCCAAAUCAGAAAGAAGACCUGCAAACAUGGGGCUCAUCAUAGGCAAGUCUCUGGUUGCAAAAGAGCUCCAAUUUUCUUUUUGGGAGGAUGACAAAGGUCCUAUGAUGUAGAGAUCUUGACCCUAUUUGCACGAGCCUAUUAUUUCCUAUUGAGAGUAUCAACAAUCAGUGUCAUUAAAAACUCCUACCAUGCUCAGAGUAAAUGGGGCAUGAAUUAAGCACCUUUAAAUUUCCGCUGAUUUCAGCGGGAGAGUUAAGCAUAUGCUGAAAUCUCUUUUGAAUUAAAUAGGAUUUAAUGUUGCCUAGAUUAAUGUCCUAGGGUUUUUUUUUUAGCACUGCAGGAACUGAAUUCCAGAAUCUAUAGAACACAUCCAUUUCUUCACCCUGAGUGUGUAUUUCAAUGUCAAAUCAAGAGGAUUAUUACCUUUGUGAUUGUUCCAAGGUCAAUACUGAGAAGCAUUAAAGCACAUUCUCAUCUACACAGCAACUACGCAGUCAACAUUGGGAAGUCAUUUUAGAAAAAUGCGGAGGAACAGACAUACCUGUAGGCUCCAUCAUUCUCAAGGAACAAUUGGUUUUGGAAAUUAUGCUUUCGGGGAAUUGUAGUGUUUAGGAAGGUGAGAGGUGGGUUGAUUUCAAGGCAUUAGUCUUCCAGAAAAUAUAGUGGAUCUGCAAGAUACCUUUUUUAUUUUUAUGUGUGCAUUCAUACAUAAAAUGCAGUAACAUGCAAUUAAUAGUUUUCUAACAUAUACUUGAAAUCCUCUUGAGCUUUCAGUACAAAGUAUAAAUCUCAAAGUUUCGGCAGUGAACUUGUUUUAGGGCAAAGUUUUUUCAGGGCCAAAUUUAGUCUUCAGACUGCUUGUAGGUCUUGGAACCAGGAAGCAGUAUAGUGUGGUGCUUGAUGUAUUGGAAAGAGAUAAUUCUUUUGGUAGGGCUUUUAACUUUGGUUAAAAACUAAGUGAUGGAAACUGUGGAAGAAACAUGUGCAUUAUUGAAUUGUGCAUAAGCAGAUUUGCCUUUCUAUUGAAUAAUAUUUUCAUGUUUUCCUAAAUAUCUGACUGUGCCUUCCAUCACUGUGACAUUGGGAAAAUGAUAACAUUUUCUUAUUUUCAUCCCUGCAACAUCUAUAUGAAUCAGGGUGUUAUCUCAUUCUGCUGAUGGGACACUGAGGCUAGGGGAUUGCGACAGCAUAAUGUGACAAUAACAUACUUACUGAACCCAUGACAGCAUAAUGAGGUAAUAACUGAAGUAGAAUUUGAACUUAUGUGGAUUUCCUUAUGCUCAGGUUCAACUACGCUAGAAUUGUGUAGUGAAUUUGAAUUUAGAUGAAUGGCUUUCCAUGAUUUUUUUUUAAAGACUGGACUUAGUUAAUUCUUACCAUACAGUCGUAAGGGUGGCUAAGGGGUCAAAAGUCAGUUAAACCACGUCCUCCUUUGUCCCUUUCCCAAAUCUUUCUUUUUUCUACAUUUCCCUCCCAUGUUUCCAAUGGAAGGGAAAUAAAAGGGUGAUAUUUACAUUAUCUCCUGAGCUGGUAUAAAAUUCUUCUAGGUUGGGGGAGUGGGAUGGAUCCAGAUUCUUUAACUACAAAUCUUUCCACAGUCUUCCCCAGCACAUCCCCAACUCUUAUAUCAUCUGCUUUUUGACCUUAGUGAUUUUGGAGUUCCACAGAAGUUGCCACAGCUGUGGAGGGGUGAUGGGGUUGGGCAGAAUCUAAUACUAGAUCUUCCUCUCUCUUUCUUCAGCCCUGGUCAUAGGAUUGUAGCCUAAAACCUACACGAAUGCAUUGUGGUAGAGCCCAACACUGAUGGUAUUAGCAGUCUGAACUGCUGUGCCAUGGUGAAUUUUGUUUGUAGCAUUAAGAAUGGAGAGUUCAUAUUAUUUAUUGUUAUAUUGUAAAAAGCACAAGAUGCAUCCUAUUUGUUCCAUAAGGAAAUCACAGUCUUCAGUGGGCAUUCCAUUUAAACAUGAUAUAGAUAAUAUUAAAAAUUGAAAAUUUCAGCUGGAUAGUUUAAAAGAUUUUGUUGAAAUGUACAUAAUCUCAUUUUCUCUGGAAUUUUACUUGAAAUAAAAAUACACGUCUCUGAUGUAGUUUUGAAAUGGGUUGAAAUGGAAUUAUAGAACUUUCCUGUGCUUGCCUGUGAAUGAUAGCACAUCUCUGUCAUUUUUAACAGUACAGUGGUACCUCUGGUUGAGAACGGGAUCCAUUCCGGAGGCCUGUUUACAACGUGAAAUGCCCGCAACCUGAAGCAUCGUAUCUGCGCAGGUGUGCGGUGUGAUUUGGUGCUUGCGCGCAUGCGCGAAGCGUGAUUUAGCGCUUCUGCGCAUGCGUGAGCAGCAAAACACAGAAGUAACCCUUUCCGGUACUUCCGGGUUGCCAUGGGACGCAACCUGAAAAAAUGUAACAUGAAGCAAACGUAAAAUGAGGUAUGACCGUAUCAGUAAGACUGCAACUGGCCUAUUUUAUUAGGCUUGUCAUCUAGAGUAAAAUCACACAUUUUAAUUUCUCAGUUUAAAUGCAUGUAUUAACUGCAUUUUAAAAGUCAAUUUUAUUCUUGAUUGCAAAAGAAAUAGGAUUGUCUCCAAAUUUGUGUGAGUAGAAGGCAGUUCACGCAGAAGGCUUUCCCUUCUGCCCUUCUCCCACGCAGACCCAAAAAGUCACUCACUGAGGCAGGGAGCAUCUACCAAACAGUGCAGGAUAUUGUCAGGGACUGGCUGGAUGACAAGGAGUGGUGCAAGGCACCUGAUGGCGAACCCCUAGGAAAGCCUCAGAGGAGGAAGGUUCAGAGCAUGAGGAAUGGUAGUGGGACACUGAGGACAGGUCAGAAGAUGAAGGAGGGAGGAGAAUGGUGGGCCACUGAAGAAGCAACAGGCUUGGGCGAGAGGGAAGAGCCAAGGGCAGAAAGCUGUUCAGACUCAAAACAUGAAGCAAGAGUCCUGUCCCACUGUGUUUAUGGCUAUGUGAGCAAUCUCCAGAAGAGGAGGGGUCUUGGGGGCAAGUGUGAAGCAGGAACCAUCAGUCCUGGAAACUGUGCUAUGGAAGCUGGUCUUGCCUUGAGACUUCUUUGUGUUGUCUGCUGUUUUCUUGAAUAAAGAAUUAAACUUC